UCCCAACCCUGACGAAGCCUAGCGGGGUAGUUGGAGCCGUGUGGUAGGGUAACUAUUUACACCAUCUGAUGGGGUUGUGUAAAGUCAGUGAACAUCACCAGAGCACAGCAGCUCCACACCGACUGGUGUUUAGGGAAGAUUUAAAGCUCACGCUAAAAGGUAGUGGAUGUAUUUUACACACAAACAGCGGACACUUCAGGGGAAAUAUCUCUCACACCGAAGGGAAAAAAACUGCGAAUCACUAGAAAUGUCCGAGAAAUGGACCGUAAACAAGGCGCACUGGUGAACAGACCGCAGGGGGCUUGACUUCCGGUGCGGGCGCGUGACGUCACCGCUGCGUUCGGCUCCGGCUGUGAGAGAUGUGGCUGAAUCCGGCGGAGGUGGCGCUGAAAAACGCGCUGAAUCUCUGGAUCACGGACAAAUCUAACGAUUAUUUCAUCGUGCAAAGGAGACGAGGACAUGGGGACACCGGGGGCACCGGGGGCAAACUCACAGGUAUGUUGGUGGGAGCACUGGACACCGUGUUGGACUCAAACGCACGAGUCGCUCCAUUUCGGAUCCUUCUACAAGUUCCAGGGUCUCAGAGCAGCUGGGUCAUUGCCAGCGGAGCCACAACUGAAGAAAUUGAGAAACACUGGAAGUGGUUGGACCACAACUUGUUGCCGUACAUGUCGGUGUUUGAGAACAAACAGGAUGCUGCAAGCUUCGCACAGGGAAAAGUCAAGGGCCUAAUCGCUGAGGAGGUGCUGGUUGGCCAGGCGGCGCUGGAAGAUGCCCCCACCCGUUUCCGUGAGGUGAUGGUGCGUUUCGAGCAGAGAUUCGGCCUCCCGAUGAAAGAGAAAUUAGUGGCUCAUUACUCCUGCUGCUGCUGGAAAGGCAGAGUGCCUCGUCAGGGCUGGAUCUACCUCUCCACCAAUCACCUGGCUUUCUACUCGUUCCUGCUCGGAAAAGAAGUGAAGCUGUUGAUCCCAUGGGCAGAAGUCACAGCUCUGGAACACGUCACCUUCGGUCUUAUCAACGACGCGAUCCGAGUCCAAACACGGCAGAAGCAGCGUGAAUUCUCCAUGUUCGCUGAUGUGGAUGAAGUGAUGAUGGUGAUGACCCAGCUGGGUGACAUGGCACUGCGAAGGCUGUUCGAUAACGGCAAAAGGGAACCGGAUUCCAGUAUUACUAAACGGACACUUCAGCAGCAGGCUCUGCGUCAGUACGUGUUGUCGCUGUUCGGUCUCCCACGCUCUGAGAUGCUAAAGGAAGUGAUGCGAUGUUCAGCUUGGACUCCUCAUGCUCGAUGUCACACGGCUGGGAAUCUUUACAUCACAGAAAAUUACCUGGCCUUCAGCAGCCUUCAGGAGGGACAGUGUACACUCCUCAUCCCGCUCUCUGAGGUGCAGUCUGUGGAGAAGGCCGAGAGCACCGGUGCUCUGCCCAACCCAGUGAUCAUCAGUGUGCGGUCCAAGCGAGCUUUCCAGUUAAUCGAGGUGACGUCACGAGACCAGCUGGUGGACGAUCUGAACACCCGCCUCCGAGUGCUGCACUGGAACAGCAGCCGGAGGAAGACUGUGAUUUCCUCAACCCCCUAUUAUACGUUCUGUUACGAUACGGACGACACCCUCCACCCCAUCGUUCUCGAGAAAGCGUUAAUCACCACGUUCCAAACUGGCCAAUCAGAAUCGUCUGAGCACAGGCGUCUCUGGGAUGAACACUUGGAGGAGUUCGGGCGCGGCGUGCACAUGUUCCGCACUGAGAAAACACAAAAAUUGGUGGCUGCAGGGAUCCCGGAGUCUCUCCGUGGAGAGAUGUGGCUCACCUUUUCAGAUGCACGGUCCUCUCUGAGCACACACUCGUGCUCUUACUCUGAUUUACUGAAGGAGAGGAUAAGCGAGCAGACGAGUGAUGAGAUAGAGAGAGACCUGCGGCGCUCACUGCCUGAACACUCUGCGUUUCAGUGUGAGACGGGUAUCGCAGCUCUGCGUAGAGUACUGAACGCCUACGCCUUCCGCAACCCUGGCAUCGGCUACUGCCAGUCUAUGAACAUUUUAGCGUCAGUGCUGCUGCUGUACACGAGAGAGGAGGAAGCCUUCUAUCUGCUGGUCACAGUGUGUGAGAGAAUGCUGCCCGAUUACUUCAACCACAGAGUCAUUGGUGCUCAGGUGGACCGUUCCGUGUUCGAGGAGCUGAUCCGUGAGCGAUUGCCACACCUGGCUGAGCGCGUCCCGGACCUUGGCUCUCUCUCGUCGCUCUCGCUCUCCUGGUUCCUCGCUCUGUUCCUCAGCGCCGUUCCUCUCCGUAGUGGUCUGCGCAUCCUCGACUGCUUCUUCUGCCAUGGCGUCAAAAUCAUUUUCCAGCUCGGUCUUGCUGUGCUUGAUGCUAACGUUGAUGAGAUUUGUGCUAGCACUGACGAUGGGCAGUCUCUGAUGAUUCUGACCAGUUUCCUGGAACGUGUCCGAGACGACGAGGGGUCAUGUGUGAGUGCUGAAGAGUCCGGACACACACAAAUCAGCUCUCUCAUCAGUGAUGCAUAUGAGAAAUUUGGGGACCUGACAGUAAAGCAGCUGGAAAGGAUGAGAUCGAGACACAGAAUCCAAGUGCUGCAGGCUCACGAGGACACGACUAAAGAGAACACUCUGCGGCUCGUCUCUCCUGGUGUCUCGCUCUCUCAGGAGGUUCUGUCAGAACUCUACGACCUCUUUAAGACGGAACAUUUCAUUAACCUGUACUGGGGAGACGGUGUGUGUUCUUCCUCUCCUGAGCAGUACCAAGUGGACCGAGCCCAGUUUAAGAGCCUUUACGUGCUGUUGGUGCCGUGGCAGUGUGGGUCACACACAGAUACAGUGGCACAGAGAACCUUCAACCUGCUGGACCAGGAGGGACGAAACCACAUCACAUUCAGCCAGUUUGCCCGCUGGAUCGACAUCCUGUACUGUGAGGAGCUGAAUGAGAAAGUCCGACUCCUCUAUCGUCUCCACAUUCCACCCGCCCUGAUUGAGAACGAAGGCAAUCCUUCUCCUCUGAAGCCUCCGAUGGAUUCCACCACCAGACCUCUGUGUGUCAACCUGCCCAAUGGAGAGGAGAAAAGCUACGAAGAGCAGCUGAAGCAGAUGUUGAAGGACUUGGGCAAGGAGAAAGACAAAGGUCUGGAGAAACCACUGCCUCACAUGAAACAACGAGAGUUCGUCCAGUUUUGCAAGACGCUGUGCAGCAUGUUCCAUAGCGUUCCUGGUGAAAACGAACUCUUCCAAGCCAUUGCUGUGGUCACCAGUUUAGUGCUGCAGAUUGGUGAGGCCCGGAACAAGGGAACCGAACCGAAGGGACCGGACCAGACGGCCUCUGCAUCCGCCGGGGGGGGCGUGUCGGAGGCAGACGCCGAUUGGACGGUGAGUUUCGAGCAGAUUUUGGCAUCGCUGCUGACCGAGCAGGUACUGGUGAACUUCUUGGACAAACCACUGGAUCUCACUGGGAAGAUUGCAGUGGCGAAGGAUCAGCAGUAUCAGCAGCGAUCAGGACUGCUGAUGGUCCAGCAAAGCAUCAGCUGAAACCUGGACCAUCUUAGACCGAUCUGUUUAGAUGCUAACAGGAAGCUGUGAUUCUGUAGCCAGUUUUGCUCAAUCCGUGGGUGUAGUGAAACAAGGAAACACCAGGGAUGGGCAAGAAAAAGGACGUGCCAUGUUGAGACAAAAACGAGACGUUUCUUCUCGUCCCUGUGGCAGCAGCACAAGUCAAAAUAGUGUAAUAUUGUCUGUCACGAUAGGGGAAAUGUGUUGUCUCAGUUUGGAACUUCACUCGUUGUUCAUGUAAGUCCUGCACGUUCAAUCACAGUUCUGGAGGUUCCUCACUUUCAGCUGAACAGAACACAGUUUGCUGGGUUUUUUUUUUUUUUUGGGGGGGGGGGGGGGUGUUUGAAGAGAAGAGGUGUUGAAUAGGGAGCUUCUGCUUUACCUGGAUACCAUGAAACCUGUACAUACAAACGUAUACAUACUGGGCUUGAGCUUGGUUUUUAUACACUCCUGUGUUCAUUGGACAGAAGAGAUGAUGGAAGGAAACAAAAUUGAAGUCGUAUUUGAUUCACUUCUCGCUGGAUCACCAGGUGGUGGAUCUCAGUGGCCCAGUGAUGAUGGGUCUGUGAAUGUUUUAAAGGGAAGCUGGUCUUUCUUUAUUAAUUAUUAAAUAAACAAUUAAAACCAUAUGGCCAAAGAAUUCAGAAGGUUAUGUUCUUAUCUCACUCGCCAUACAAAGGGGGGAAAAAACAAACGGUGCCUUAAUGAUUAAAAUCCGCACACUUGUGACGUCACACACACACACACACGACUGAUGUG